AGUUCCAGCUAUGCCUGCAAUUGUUCAAUUGUUUCUUUAAUUAAAAGCUUCAUUUCAUGGCUAGGAAUGGGAUUACCAACAUGCAAGCUAAGCUGGUAGGUACUUGUUGGCGACAUGGGAACCGGGAAAACUAGUAUAGUGUUGAGGUUUGUCAAAGGCCAGUAUUUCGAUUGCCAGGAAUCAACAAUUGGAGCAGCUUUCUUCUCCCAAACAAUAUCGCUAAAUGAAGUAACUAUAAAGUUCGAUAUAUGGGACACCGCAGGACAAGAACGAUAUCAUAGUUUGGCACCGAUGUAUUACCGCGGAGCUGCAGCAGCUAUAGUUGUGUAUGACAUUUCAAGCGAUGAUUCAUUUACUCGAGCGAAAAAGUGGGUCGAAGAACUUCAAAGACAAGAUUGUUUUCAAGGUAAUCCAUAUAUGGUGAUGGCAUUAGUGGCUAACAAAGCUGAUUUGGAAACAAACAGGAAGGUUUUGGCCGAGGAAGGUGAACAAUAUGCAGAAGAAAAUGAUAUGUUUUUCAUUGAAACAUCCGCGAAAACUUCUCAAAAUGUCAAUGAGCUCUUCUACGAGAUAGCAAAAAGACUGUCGAAAACCCGGCCUACGCGAAUAACCGGAAUGCAUUUACAUAAUGAAAGGGAAAACAAUAGCAGAAGGCUUUUCUGUUGCUCAUCGACUUGAUCACAAUUGGAGGAACAUGUUGUUUUGUUGUAUUGAAAAACCAUACUAGUUAUAUUUAUAUUUGUGCUGAAUAAAUGAUAAAAGCAUUUCCAAAACAACAGAAAGUAACAAAAUGGUCAAAUCUUU